AUGAACACGACCACCAGCACCGGCGGCGGCGGAGGCGGCGGCAACGAACAACAUCUUAUCAAAACCAUAACCACAAUACUAACCACCCACCAAAACCCACAGAGCCUUCAACCUUUCAUCCCUCACCUCACUCUCCCCAUCAUCAUCUCAAUCCUCUCAUGGAAGCCACUUCACUCUCACCCCCAAACCCUAGUUUCCUUCUUCAAAUGGUUCCAAACCAACGCACCCUCCUGCCUCUCCAUUUCCCCUAAACCCCUCCUCACUCUCCUCCCUCCUCUCCUCUCCCGCCGCAAAUUCUCCGACGCUAAAUCCCUCCUCCUCGACUUCAUCUCCUCCGAUCACCCUCGCCAUUCCCUUCACUCCCGCCUCCUCCGCUCCGAUCACUCCAUCCCUAAACCUCUCCUUGACACCUCCAUAGCGGCUUACGUUCUCUCCCAACAACCUCAACUCGCUUUCGAGAUCUUCAACAAAAUGAAACGCCUCCGUUUUCGACCGAAUCUUCUCACUUGCAACACUCUCCUUAACGCGCUCGUCAGGUCGAAUUCCUCCCAUUCUAUUCUUUUGUCAAGACAGGUUUUUCACGAUUCAAUAAAACUUGGUGUUCAGCCUAACACCAACACGUUUAACAUUCUGAUUCAUGGUUAUUGUUCUAAUAAUAAUUUCAACGAGGCGUUUCGGUUGAUUAAUCAAAUGGGUGAGUUUGGUUGUUGUCCUGAUAAUGUUACUUAUAAUACUGUAUUGAAUGCUUUGUGUAAGAGGAGUCAGUUGAGUAAAGUUAGGGAUUUGUUGCAGCAGAUGAAGAGUAGUGGUCUUGUUCCUAAUAGGAAUACUUAUAAUAUUUUGGUUCAUGGGUAUUGUAAGGUGAAAUGGUUGAAAGAAGCUGCUGAGGUGAUUGAAUUGAUGACCGGGAAUGAUAUGUUGCCGGAUGUUUGGACUUAUAAUACUAUGGUUAGAGGUUUAUGUGACGAGGGUAAGAUUGACGAGGCUAUUAGGCUUAGAGAUGAGAUGGAGAAUUUGAGACGGGUGCCUGAUGUUGUUACGUAUAAUACUUUGAUUGAUGGGUGUUUUGAACAUCGGGGUAGCGUUGAAGCACAUAAGUUGGUAGAGGAAAUGAAGUCGAGGGGGGUCAAGGAAAAUGCUGUGACUCAUAAUAUAAUGGUUAAAUGGUUUUGUAGGGAAGGUAAGAUUGAUGAGGCGAGUAAUGUAAUGGUAAAGAUGGCGGAAAGUGGGUUUUCUCCGGAUUGUUUUACUUAUAACACUAUGAUUAAUAGUUAUUGUAAGGCUGGGAAGAUGGGAGAGGCAUUUAAGAUGAUGGAUGAAAUGGGAAGGAAGGGAUUGAAAACGGAUACUUUUACUCUAAACACCCUAUUGCAUAUAUUGUGCUCGGAGAAGAAGCUAGAGGAUGCAUAUAACUUGACUAUAAAUGCCAGGAAGCGAGGUUAUAUUCUUGAUGAGGUAACAUAUGGAACUCUAAUCAUGGGGUAUUUCAAGGAUGAACAAGCAGACAGGGCGUUGAAGCUUUGGGAUGAGAUGAAGGAAAAAGGGAUUGUUCCCACUGUUGUCACUUAUAACACUAUAAUCAGGGGAUUGUGUCUGUCUGGAAAAACUGAUCAAGCUGUUGAUAAACUGAAUGAGCUUUUAGAAAAGGGUUUGGUCCCGGAUGAAGCUACUUGUAACAUAAUUAUUCAUGGUUACUGCUGGGAAGGAGCGGUAGAGAAAGCAUUUCAGUUCCAUAACAAAAUGGUAGAGCACUCGUUCAAGCCAGACAUUUUCACGUGUAAUAUUCUUCUCCGGGGACUUUGUAGAGGGGGUAAGCUGGAGAAAGGUCUUACCCUAUUUAAUACAUGGAUCUCUAAAGGGAAGCCCAUUGACAUAGUCACAUACAACAUAGUAAUAUCCUCUUUUUGCCAAGAAGGACGACUUGAGGAUGCAUUCGAUCUUAUGGUGGAAAUGGAGAGGAAAAAUAUGGAGCCUGAUCGAUAUACCUAUAAUGCUAUUGUGAGUGCACUUACUAAUGCUGGUAGAACUGAGGAAGCAGAAAAAUUUGUUUCGAAGCUUGCAGAGAAAGGGCAAGAUAUGAAAGCUCAAGACACUUCUCCGGAGGUUGGUACAAGUGAUAUGAUGUACUCGGAGCAAAUAAGUAGUUUGUGUACUGAGGGGAAGUACAAGGAAGCAAUGAAACUGUUUCAACAGGCAGAGCAGAAAGGAGUUUGUUUAAAUAAAUAUACAUAUAUCAAGCUAAUGGAUGGGCUAUUGAAGAGGCGGAAAAGCAUAUCAAAGGUUGCCAGAUAA